ACAGUAGAAGUUACAAGAGUAGAAGUUACAACAGUAGAAGUUACAACAGUAGAAGUUACAAGAGUAGAAGUUACUGCAUUUGAGCACAAGUGUGUAAAGAUGUCAGAGGCAAUCUAUGAAAACAGAGAUGGAUUUAAAGGCAAAACACCUAAUGAAAUAAAGACCAUGGAUAUUGAUGAUUGUAUAUACAGCAACGAAACACCCAUCAAGCCCUGCAGGAAGGAUGGAGUUGGUGAUCAACAAUCAGUGUUUUAUCAGUGGUGGAAGAGAUACUCUGGAGCUGCUGCAGUGAGUCUGGGUCUGCUGUGUGUUCUCCUAUUGGCUGGGAUCAUAGGCCUGUUGCUCUACCAGCGAAACCAAUUAACCAGAUCCAACACCCUGACCAAAGAGAGAGACCAGUUACAGACCAGAGGCAACACCCUGACCAAAGAGAGAGACCAGUUACAGACCAGAUACAACACCCUGACCAAAGAGAGAGACCAGCUACAGAAAGAGACAGAACAUCUGAAACAAUCUUUGGUUGAGAAAGAGUGUCCGCAAGGAUGGAAGAAGCUUGGUAGCCGUUGUUACUACAUCUCUACUAAGAAGAACAACUGGGAGAAGAGCAGACAGUACUGCAGAGAUAACAGAGCAGACCUGGUGAUCAUCAACAGUCAAGACAAACAGACAUUUGUCAAUUGGUUAUGUGGAGUAAAGAAAUAUGUCUGGAUUGGUCUGACUGACUCUGUUACUGAGGGGACCUGGAAAUGGGUGGACGACACACCACUGACCACAACGUAUUGGAACAGUGGAGAGCCUAAUGGUGGUGUAGCUGAGAACUGUGCUUAUUUCUACUCCCAGUCAUCAGACUCAGGAGCAUGGUGGGUCUAUGACUGUUCCUAUCGAUACAGAUGGAUCUGUGAGAAAUAGGUUUCUCUGUACUGCUAGAGACCAUUUCAGACAGAUGUUUUAAAUCCUUAAACCCAGACUUGGAGCAAACAAAAUAGCGAUUGAUAUGCAACGCUUGCAGUUAGCCACUGAUUCCUUCCAUACCGCUCAUUGUUGAAUUAGUGAUUUCCUACUUGUUGUGUAAUGUUUAUGUCCAAUGACGAUGAGCACCGAUACCUUGUAUCUAUAAUUAGCUCUUAACUGACUUGCCUAGUUAAAUUAACAAUAAAAACAAAUUCUGCGGUGAUAUAGUGAGUGACAGAACACUGAAACAAUCACGGCGCAACUAGAGAACAUUACCAAAGCGUAUGCUCUGUAUAUUCCCGCUGGCUGCCCCACCACCCCAGAAAGCACUGAGCGAGGCUGAAACUGCAUUUAGGAGCUGUCUUACUCAAGAAAGAGAACACGUUUGUAUGCGGCUUUAUUAACUUUUUUUUUUAUUUUAUUUUUUACAUUGUUUGCAAACUGAAAAUCUA